AAUGUAAUGUGAAAGCUAGAUUAGUGUUCACGUUUCUCUUUUAUUUGAAUUCUCAAUAUGUCGAACAUUAAGAGAAAGAAGACCAGAAAGCUCCGUGGCCACGUCAGUCAUGGACACGGUCGUAUCGGCAAGCACCGAAAGCAUCCUGGAGGUCGUGGUAAUGCUGGUGGUAUGCAUCAUCACCGUAUCAACUUCGACAAAUACCAUCCUGGAUACUUCGGUAAAUUGGGUAUGAGAAAUUUCCAUUUGCGAAAAAGUGCAAAAUUCUGCCCAACAAUUGGAUUGGAUAAAUUGUGGUCGUUGGUUGGAGACCAAGCCCGCGAAAAAUGCCGCAAAGACAAAGAAGGCAAAGUUCCAGUUGUCGACUUAGUCCAAUUCGUAAGUUUUUUCUUUGCAUCUGUAAAUCAUUUUAUUUUGACUAUUUUUGUGAUGAGAUUAAACAGUUUAGCGACUGAAUGA